GCCCUCGGGCCGCGGUUGGCCGCGCCGGUGGGCAGCUGACUGGGUGACCAUGUUUGGCGGGCUGGGAGAGGACAGGCAUCCGGUGCCGUUGUUUUAUUCCCGGAGAAGGCGGUGGGACGGGCAGGCCACUUCCCUGCCGGAGCAGUUGGGAUUGCGAUUGGGGAUGUGGUACUGGAAAGAUGAAACCAGAACUCUUGAAUUCAGAAGUUUUACACCUGCAAUAGAACUCAAGGAGAAAGGAAAGAAAGGCAAAGCAAUACACUUUGCUGAAACUGACGGCCCCGCUUCAGACAGGUUGACAGAUAAAAAGUUUGCUUCAAGAGACGAUAAGUCACCUAAAGCCUUAGAGAAACGAGGUCAGCAGGGCAACGUGACACUACAUGAUGCUAAAUUUGUUGCUUUGUUUUUGCUACAAGAUACUGAGAUGCAGCGGAUCUGUUCUUUUACAACGUUUAUGAGGAAUAAAAAUCUUGACAAUUUCCUCAUGGCAUUGUUGUACUAUUUAUCUCAUUACUUGGAAAAAAAUUCACUGGAAAAGAAACCCGAAAGCUAUAUGGUGGGCCUUGUAGAGAAGAAAGAGAUGGAAUUGGUUAUAAGUAAGUUAGAAGCGGCCCAGAAGUACUUGGCCCAGAAGUACUGCAUUCUCGUCCUGGGCUUGGCCAUGCCUGAUAAGCAUCACAUGUGCUGCGGAAAGUUCAUACGCAGAGCUAAAUCAGAAUGGGAGAAAAUAUCAGAUACACAGAAAGACUGGAAAUUCUUUGAGUCCUUUUAUACUUUCUGUACAUAUGUAGCUUGGAUUGUCUUCCGACGUCAACACUUCACAGAGAUUGAGGAAGAAAUAGGGAGGCUCUUUCGUACCAAUAUGUUCAACAUUCCUCGGAGGAAGCGUGAGGAUGAAGAAUCGGGGGGAAAGAAACACAUGACUUUUGUACAAUUCAGGAGAAUGAUGGCAAAACGCCCAGCGAUUAAAAAAGCCAUCAACAUGCGCUCUCCAGUCAUGUCUACUCUGCUGCCGUCUCUCAGAGAAAAAGCUCAGAAUGUCUUUGAGAAAAAGAAUCAUCAAGGAGGCAUCAGACUCCCAGCCCCGAGGCAAGAGCACAUGGACAGUCUGGGCUCUGUGCCCAUGCCAACAGUUGGCAUCUUGGGGGAGCCUCGGUGUCUGUUCAACCCCCAUACACUUCUCCCCCUUGAACCAGAAGAAAACACGAAACCGGAUGGGAGACAUUCUUCCCUGAUAGAAAGAAAUAACAUGAAGAUCCAGGAUACACUGAACUUAGUCAUGAGAACACUGUCCUCUCAAACAACAUUCCCUAAACAAUCGGGUACAUUCCAUUUCUGUAAUUAAGUCUCUGUAUUUGAAGUAAACUACUUUGACUUAAUCACUUUAUAUAGGACUAAUAUUUAUUAUUAUUAAACUUUUUAAAUUCAAAUUAUUUUGUUAAAAGUUCAACAGUAGACAAUUAAAGAAUCCCAGAAAGCUUUUGAAAAACUCAUUUUCCUGUAUUUACUAGUUUGCUGUGUUAUUUAUUUACCUCCUUGGCUUCUCUGUGACUAUUCAGAGUAAUAUAUUAGGACAUUUAACCAGUGUUCAAUGGACUAGUGAAGAAACAUCCUGUGUAUUUGUUCCUAAGUUCAUUUUUACUGUAUGAGAGAGUAUAUUUGGGACUUUUGAAAACUAAAUUUUAUA